AUGAACAGUCCACCCCAGGCCCCAACCCCAAGUCCGUGGGCUCCUCCGCCGUAUUCGUCACACUUACCUGCACAAUCUACCACCUCGACGAGCAGCGAUACUCCAUAUUCAUUCUUGCGGGAGUUCGAUACCAUCUUCGUCGUGGACGACAGUUCAAGCAUGUUGUGGGAAGGACGCUGGAAGGAGGCGGAAGAUGCUAUUGCCGCGAUCGCCCCGAUUUGCACACAGUACGACCAGGAUGGCAUCGACGUCUACUUUUUGAACCAUCGCCGCGACGGAGGCCGGAGGAACAAAGGGGGAUACCUGAAUAUUACGACAGCGGACAAUGUUCGCGAGAUCUUUGGCAGCGUGCAUCCACAGGGUGCGACGCCCUUUGGUCGACGCCUUUACGAUAUUCUCGAUCCUUAUAUGCGAGAGCUGGAGAAAGCGAUUGCGAAAAGCGAUGGGUCGUGUGACUCGACACAGCUAAUGAAGCCGCUGAACAUCAUUGCCAUUACGGAUGGCGCAUUUACGGACGACGCGGAGAGUAUCAUUGCUGAUGUCGCGGAGAGACUGGAUAGCGACAAAUUCCAGGCCGUGCCCUGGCAGGUAGGCAUCCAGUUCUUCCAGGUCGGAAACGAUGCCGCCGCCACGGCCUAUUUGCAGGAGUUGGAUGACAACCUGGGGGAGAUGCAACAGAAGGGCCGUAUCCGGGAUAUUGUGGAUACCGUGCCGUGGAGGGGUGAUCGGGGGCAGACGCUGAGUGCGGAGGGCAUUCUAAAAUGCGUCCUUGGCGCCGUGAACAGGAAGUAUGAUAAAAAGGACGCGUUUUAG